CUUCCCUGAUUUUUCUAUUUGGCUCAAAGUUACAUAUGUUUUUUUUUUUUCGAAAAAAAAUAUAAAGCCAAUUAGCAACCGAUGAAAGAAGAUGGGAUUAUAAAAGAAUGGACAAGGAAAGUGGAAGGAAACCUAGUACUCAACAGGCGUCAUGUGGUAGGCGAAAAAGAGGGAGAGUGAUGAUAAUGGUAUUGAUGGGAGAGUGACGCCAAAAGCAAACGCGGGAAUUUAGUGUAAAUGAUAAGUAAGCUCCACAAAUCAUGACGUUACGCGUUCCCGGGAAUCAAGAAACUUCCACCCAACUGAAAUCCCCACCAGGCGCCUCCCAAUUGGUAGUCCCAAAGUUCCUUGGACACGUGCCUUCCUCAAAAUUACCCCCCUUUCUUUCUGUGAAAAGCCCACCACAAUCAGUUACUCUUAUUUAUCGAUAUGUCUUCCAGAUACCUUACACGUGUCGCCACGUAUCUUCUCCGUCCACACCCCUGGUUACCUCUUCCUCAACCAUGGUUAACUCCCAUUUGGGUUGGCUUCAGCCACCCAUAUUUAUCAGCUGCCCCCCAAGUUGGUGAAGUCUAAAGCUGUGUUGGGAAAACUGAAUUUGCUUCUUAUAGCUCUACCUUCUCUCAUACUCUUUUUCUCUCACUAUUCUCAAUUCACUGUUUCUUUUGGAAAUUGGGCAGAAGAAUUAGAGCGAGAGGUUUUCCUGAAGAUGGGGCUCUCCAAUUUCCACAGCCCAGCUGAAGGUGUGCUUCCUGUGCUAGUAAUGAACACGGUUAUGUCAGUGGCUCUGUUGAAGAAUAUGGUGAGAUCUGUGCUUCAAGUGAUGGGUGCUAAUGGGAGCUCUCCCAAUUUAGAGGAAGACCCAUCAAAUGAAGAGUACUCACCAAUGUCAGAGAAUGCCAAGGAGAGAAGAGUAUCAGUAACCCAGUUCAAGUCUUUGAGUCACAGCAGGUCUAGUGUCGGCAGGAGUGAGAAUGCCUGCAGUGCAGGCAGGAGUGAGAAUGCCUGCAGUGCAGGCAGUAGUGGCACUGGCACUGGAUGGUGUUCUUCAAUGGAUUGUUGUGUGUGUCUGUGUAGGUUUGAAGCCGAGGAGGAGGUUAGUGAGUUGUCUUGCAAGCAUUUCUUCCACAAGGGUUGCUGGGAAAAGUGGUUUGAUAACAAGCAUAGUAGCUGCCCUCUAUGUAGGUCUAUCCUCUAAACGAUAAGGUAAGUGGGCAUGUAGGGUUUUUGGAGGAAUACUUUUGUUUUGUCUUGUACUUUUUUCCUCUUCAUGUUAGUUUUGAAAAUGCUCAGGGAAUGUAGUGCGACCGCUUAAUGUAUGUGUAUGAAAGUAUCAAAAGAUUUCAAAUAAAGAACUAAUGAGGGGUUGAAGCUAGCA